AUGCUGAGUCAAUCGUCAUGGGCGAAUAAUCGCCAAAGGUAUGGUGGGUACUCGUUGAGAGGCCAAAGACACGUUCAUUAUCCCCCGCCUCCCUCAUACGUAAGAGGCCCCCGACGGGGACCCGUUUCCAGACCGAUUAGAAACCCCAUUAAUUCCUACCGCAACAUCCCGGUGUCAUUACAAGGCAACAUUACCAAGAAGACUGCCGUCUUUAGCUCAAACAACUCAAAGACAGCAUGCAUCAUACCGAAUACCCCAAAGUCUUCUUGUAAGAAGAGCUUUUCUAUGGUCGAUCUGUCACCCACAUCCAUCAGUCCGGACGUUCUUGACCCAAGGUCUGGGAGUGCCACUUCUUUGCAGUCACGUCUGCAACGGAAAGUAGCUGAAACUGAUUCGACAAGCUCUGAGGUACCAUGCGUUGAUGGGGCUGAAACUGGGAGUGAAAGAGGGAUGGGAUCAUGGCCGGGAGAUUUGGAUGUCAACGGACUCUCGGCUCCACCGGAUACGAACAAGGCAGCGGGUCUCGUCUGUCGCGCUUUGGUUGUAAACGCCUGGCGUCGUAGACGUGAGGAGAAUUUGCAACUGCAUGAAACGAUUCGCCAGCUUAGCCAGCAGGUCGACCAUCUUCACAUCCAGAUCGUCGUGCUGCGACGACUUUUGGAUGCCGAAAAUGGUCGUGUCGGAAGAUUUAUGGCUGAGAUGCAGCGUGUUCGAGUCCAGUUUGAUGACAUUGCUCGCGACAGAGAUUCCCUCAAAGCGGAGAAGGAAAGAGCGUUAGAAGAGGCUCAAAAGUUGCGGAAUGCUGCCGAAGAAAAGUCCGUGGCCACGGAAAACCUACGGAACGAAUUGUUCACGGUACAGGCACAGGUGCUAGCUCUUGAUGGACAGAUAUCUCGAGAUCGCGAAAAGCUGCUCAAGCUCCGAGAGGAUAAAAAAAUUUUGCUUGAUAAGGUAGCAAACAGCGAAGCUCUGGCUACGGAACGCCUUGCAAGAGCUGAAACUGCCGAGGCAGCAGCGGAAGAUUUGCGGGGACGGUUAAAUGGGCAAAUGGCAAUGCUUGCUUCCGCUCACGAGCAGCAUCGGAAGGCUGCAAAAGAAGUCAAGGUGAAGACGAGCGAGAUGGUAACAAUGCAAAAGCAGUUGCAGGAGAGCCGAGAGGCUGGAAAAAGGCUGAGCUUGCGAGCAACUAAUCUUGAGAAUGAGCUCUCUAAUCGCGACGACGUUUUACGGCGUCUCGAGUCCGCGUACAGUUCUCAGUUGUCAGAGUUGAGUGAUUUGAGGGAGCGGCUGGCUCGCCAAUCGCAGGAAAGAGGCUGGAGCAGCAGAGUUCUUCAAAUUGCGGGAAGUGUUGUCCGAGCUCCGCGAGCAAUUUUUCGUACUCUUUCAUUCCUAUCCAAUACUGGCUCGUCUGUGACAUCUUAAAUUAUGUUACAGGUCUUUACGUUUUGCUUAUGCGCUCUAUUCCCGAAGGAGUUGUUUUUGCAAUUUCCACGUAGAAAUUCUCCAACUACCACCGAAUCGAUGAUGACCGCAGUACGAUAUGCAUAUACUGCAGUCGACAGCCGUGAUUGAAAGAAUUACCGACGGUCAAUUCGUGCGUCUGCAAAGUACAAGCGUUGCGAGAACCCAUCCGAGAUG